AUGCUUUCCCCAAGCCCGUCGCGGGGUAUUCUCCUCGCUCUCGCCGCUCUUGUUAGCGUAUCUUCCGCCGAAGACGCCACUAAGACGGUGUCCGCAACCACGCCAGUCCACACACCAUGUGUCGCGACGUCUACCAACGGGGCCUUCUUCGAUCUGCGCCCGGACGCCGCCGUGGCUGUCGUCGAGGGAGAAAAGCCACAUAAAGGGAUCCCCACUGAAGACUACACAGCCAGGGGCUGGGACUAUGGGUCAAACUUUACAAUCAAUGUUUGUAACGCCGUGAUCAAAACCGCGGAGGAUGUCGUCGGGGUGGAUGAGUCGCUGUGGAAGAACAUCAGUGCAUACUAUAAGGCCGACGGAAAGGUCUACUCCUUAGGGCAACAAUCAGACGAGCUCGUCCCCCGCGGGCGCAAACUCGUUCUCCAGUACAAAGGCGGUUCACCAUGCGGCUCCUCUGACAAGGACAAAGACAAGCGCGCCAGCGUCCACGAAGGGGCGAGGUACAAGCACUACGAGUUCGAUGAUGACGACGAAGAGCUCAAUCCUAAGAAGCCUAAAGAUGAUGAGGACGACGAGGAGGAUGACAAGAAGGACGAAGACAAAAAGAAGGAGGAAGAUGGGGAUGGGGACGAGGAUGAAGACAAGGAGAAAGAGAAGAACAAACGCCGCAAGUCCGCGACCAUCUCCUUCCUCUGCGACCACGACCCCGACACACCCACGGCCUUUUCCUUUGUUGGCACCGACCCGGACGAGUGCGCGUACUUUUUCGAGGUCCGCUCGCGGCACGCUUGCGCCGGCGCCGAGCCCCACAAGCCGGGCAGCGUCGGCCCAGGGAGCGUCUUCGCCAUCAUUUUCUUCAUUACCGUCCUGGUGUACGUCGUGGGGGGUAUCUUCUACCAGCGCACCGUGGCGCAUGCGCGCGGCUGGAGGCAGCUGCCCAACUAUAGUUUGUGGGCCGGGAUCUGGAGCUUCAUCAAGGACCUACUGGUUAUCCUGACAUCGUCAUGCGCCCGGCUCAUCCCGAAACGGCGAGGCUACCACUCGCUGUCGGGCUCUCCCAGCGGGAGACACCGUAACCGUGACGACGAGAACCGUCUGAUCGACCAGCUUGACGAGGAAUGGGAUGACUGA